AUGGAUGAUCUUGCCGGCCUGAGUUGGACUCCCAAGUCCAACGAGUCCAACAAUAAACCCCCUCCGAUGAGCUCUGGGUCAAUGAACACAAUGCGUAUCCCACCUAUCCAGGCACGACCGACACCGCCGCCGUCAUCAAACGGGCAUUCCUCCAAUCCGCCAUCCAAGCCAGCGACUCCCGCCAACGAUAGUUUUGCGAAUCUGGUAUCGUUUGGGUCAUCCAAUUCGAAUAACAAGAAUUUGUCUCUACUGGAGCAACAAAAAAAGCUACAGGAAGAGAAAGCAAAGCAAGAAGCCGAAAAGAGGAGCCAGUACGAGGCACAAUACGGAGGUCAAAAUGCUCAGUUCUGGGAUAAUUUGGCUCAGAAUCGGCGCGUAGCAUCUCCGGCACCGGCACCCGCACCCGCACCGGCGCGGGCAGCUUCCCCAGACGAGGACGAUAUAUUAGCUGCCUUCAAUUCGGCUGCCCCUGUGGAUGCAUCUACAAACUUUCCUAUUCCUUCUCGGUCGACGACACAAAGUCCCUUGGAUCAGGCAAUCAAUCAGCCCGCGAGCAAGGCUGGGUUUGACGAUGACGACGAUCCAUUUGGUUUGGGAACAAUGAAGCAAUCCAGGCCGACAGCGGUGCAAAUUUCUACACAGGAUAAUGACGAUGACGAUUUUCUUGGAUUACUUGGGAAGCCUGUCUCUGAAGCGGCGCCUGCUAGGGCUAAAUCAAAAUCUCCCGCUCCAAGCUCACAACCGCAUGAGGAAGAUCCACGGGAUCGCGCCGUGGCAGAGUUAGUUGAUAUGGGAUUUCCGCCCGGAAAGGCUGCCGAAGCUCUACAAAAUACAGAAUCUGGUGCAGAUGUGCAGGCUGCUGUGGGAUGGCUUCUGAAUCAAGCACACGCAGAAUCACGGCAGAAAUCGAGAUCUAGAGCGGGAUUUCCGCAUGAAGAACAUCCACCACGCAACCGAGAGGACCAACGACCACGUAAACAGAACGUGCCUUCAUGGAUGAGGGAGAGCGGAUCUGAGAGACAUCGCGGGGAUAGCAGGUCCCCGCAGCCGCAUGAGCGGGAUGUGGGUGAACUGGCUGCUAGUUUCGGUAACUCGUUAUUCAAAACCGCAAACUCUCUCUGGAAACAAGGAAGCAAGAAAGUGCAGCAAGCUGUUCAGGAGUUCAAUCAUGAUGCCGAUCCCAAUCAACCUCGGUGGAUGCGAGAAGCUGUGUCCGCUCGUGUUACAGAGGACCGCGGUGCUCGUCCUAAAGUUCCGCAGAAAGAUGUACCUCGAGGGGGUGCUGCACCCGAACAGGCAGCGAAUAUAACGGACGAAGCUUUACUUUUAGAAUCGGAUGCUAGUCGACCCGCCCGUACUGCUCCUCGAAGACCUGGGUCUGUGGAGCCACGACAUCCACAACCUGCACCUUUUACUGAAGCACCAAAUGAGAGGAGGGAGAAUAAGAACCCUUUCUUACGGCAACCGCAAGCUCAACCUCAACAACCUCAGCCACCGCAACAGCCGCGGCGACAAGAAUUUGUCAGAGACGUCAAAAGCCAAUUGACUCGAACUGCGUUGGAAGAGCAAUCAGCACAAGCAUACGUCAGCCCUGCCAGAAGGCGAAGACCACAGCAACAGCAGACUUCUCCGCCACCCACUGAGGAUAAUAGUAUAGAUUUAUUGGAUAGCUCAAAACCAAAAACACCCGUUCCGACCAAACCACCCGCCCAAGCUCCGAUUCCGCGAGCAUCGAAACCAUCAACUCCUAUUCCAUCACGAACAAAAGCGCCUGCGCGCACAAUCCCUCCAGUCUCACAGUCGGCACUCUUAUUGUCUUAUAAGGACCGCGAAAGUGGGAACGAAGCAUAUAAACGAGGAGACUAUGGCGCGGCGCAUGAAGCAUUCACGAGAGCACUAUCCCAUCUUCCAAAGGAUCAUCCCGUAACCAUACUUGUACUCAGCAAUCGCGCCAUGACUGCCCUAAAGAUCGGAGAGCCAAAAGUGGCCAUCUCUGACGCAGAUACAAUUCUCGCAUUCAUUGGACCUGCAAAGGGAGAAGGGGAGAGUAUCGAACCCGGCAAUGGUCAAGCUUCCAAACCGAUGAAAGACUUCUUUGGGAAAGCGCUCAUGCGUAAAGCCGAAGCAUUGGAGCAUCUUGAGAGAUGGAGCGAUGCCGCGCAGACAUGGAAACAGGCCGUUGAAGCGGGUCACGGCGGUAGCACGAGUAUACAAGGUCGAAAUCGAUGCGAGAAAGCAGCUGGAAUCAGUAAACCAGCACCAGCCGCUGCACGACCUACGGCUCCUAGAAAACCACAGUCAACCCCUCGUACAUCUGCUUUAAGCGACCUCUCAGGUCAAAGAGCAGCCCCCACGGCUGAAGCCGUAACACGUCUCCGAGCCGCAAACGAAGCCGCGGAACGAGCAGACGAGGAAAAACUGGCCCUUACCGAUAGCGUCGAUGCGAAAAUCAUGGCCUGGAGAGACGGGAAACAAGACAAUCUACGCGCCUUAUUGGGCAGUUUGGAGAAUGUCCUAUGGCCAGAAUCGGGAUGGAAGAGGAUUAAUAUGUCUGAAUUGAUUCUUGCAAAUAAGGUGAAGAUUCAGUAUAUGAAGGGGAUUGCGAAGGUGCAUCCUGAUAAGAUUCCUACGAAUGCUACCACGGAACAACGAAUGAUUGCAGGAGCAGUGUUUAGUACGCUCAACGAAGCGUGGGACAAAUUCCGUCAGGAGAAUAAUCUUUGAAAUCGAUAACGUGAAGGAGUCAAG